ACGAGAGAGAAAAAAGGGUUUUCUUCUUGAUUUUUGCUCUCCGUAGGACGUAGCGUAUUUGGGAUAUUGGAGACGAAGCCAACAUGACGGUGAAGCCCGUGAACGUGUCGCAAGAACGAGUCUCUGUCUCUGUUUCUGAGCUUCAGAAACCCAAGGAGCUCUCGUCGCUGGGGCUGGGCGUGCAGUCCGGUCAUCUCGCCGGAAAGGUCUCGAAGGAUGAACGGAAGUUGGAGGAGACGGAAGAGUCGCCGAAGUCGGUGGGUAAAUGGGGAAAGUACGUGCACAGCCAGAUCCUGAGGAUCAGGGAGGAGGACUUGCACCUCGGCGAGGAUUUCAGUCUCGGCGUCAAAGAGAACGGCCAUCUUUCUGUUCUUCAUCAUCAUCAUCAUCACGAUCACGUGGAUGCGCAGAUGGACGUUGUGAUACUCUCGAAGCCGAUCUUGCCGAACUCGCCUCUCAGCAGGAAGACCACCACCGUCAGGGCUUUACAUUGAAUCAAACCAAACGUGGUGCUUUCAAGGAGGAGUAGAGUUAAACUGCAUGUGCGUGAAGUUGAAAUCAAGUUUGAUUAAUCUUUCUUAGAGAGAGAGAGAGAGAGAGAGAGAGAGAGAGAGAGAGAGAGUCUUCUGUGUACAGUACUGAAGAAGCAAGGAGAAGGUAGUGCAUGUGAACAAAAUGAUGGGCCUCCUUGGAACUGUUCUCUGUAGGCUUAGUCCAUAUGUAAUGAAAUGUGGUUGGUUAGGCUAAAAGGAAGAUGAUAUGUACGCGUCUAACUAUUUUCAUUCC